UUGAAAGAUUGGCGGUGAAGGAAGGGAGUGUCCGAGCCAGCCAUGCCGCAUGCGCCAUUGCACCAUGAUCGACUCUCUCGUGCCGUAGCUUUGGCCUUUCACUUUUCUUCUCUUGUCGCCAUUUCCAUACCUCAAAUUUAAGCAACUCAACGCCCGGUCGACCUGGAAAAAAUUCCCCCCCCUAUUUUCCCGCGAUUCUGUUACAAAGUAAAAGCGAUCGGCGUCGGCGAGCGAGUGAGAGAGGACAGAAAAUGUGGGUGUUUUACAUGAUAUCAUUGCCCCUAACGAUCGGUAUGGUGGGGCUGACUCUCUGGUACUUCGCCGGACCAGAUGCCCCUCGAUACGUCCGCUGCACCGUCGGUUACGCCUGGUUCUGUUCUCUCUCCAUCAUCAUUCUCGUCCCCGCCGACAUCUGGACCACGCUUAGUAAUCAUGAUAGGAGAGUAAUCUACUUCUUCUGGAUCUGGUCUUAUUGGAGUACAUUUCUCCUUACUUGGGCUGUGGUACCUAUACUUCAGGGCUAUGAAGAUGCUGGGGAUUUCACUGUGACUGAAAGAUUGAGGACCAGUGCACGUGUACACCUGUUCUAUUACCUAACUGUUGGCUCUAUUGGACUCUUUGGAUUAACGUUGCUCAUUACUCUACGAAAAAACUGGAGUGGGGGUAUUCUUGGGUUUGCCAUGGCUUGUUCAAAUACGUUUGGUCUUGUAAUUGGGGCGUUUCUCCUUGGCUUUGGUUUGAGUGAAAUUCCCAAAGGCCUUUGGAGAAAUGCUGAUUGGACAACUCGUCACAAGUUUCUUUCGCAUGUGGUGGCUAAAAUGGCUGUCAAACUUGAUGAUGCCCAUCGAGAAUUUUCAAAUUCUAUAGUUGUUGCACAAGCAACAUCCAAACAAAUGUCAAAGCGUGAUCCUUUAAGACCAUACAUGACUAUUAUUGAUAAGAUGCUGGUGAAGAUGCUUAGUGAAGAUCCUUCUUUCAAACCACAAGGUGGAAGGUUAGGAGAAAAUGAUAUGGAUUAUGAUACUGAUCCAAAAACAAUGGCAGCACUUAGACGUCAACUCAGAAGAGCUCGAGAAAAAUACUAUCGAUAUAAAAGUGAAUACAUCAAUUUUGUUACUGAAGCACUUGAGCUGGAAGACACUAUGAAGAACUAUGAACACCGAUAUGCCAAUGGAUGGAGGUAUGUAUCAAGCUUCAGGCCAGAAAGAAGUGGCAGGCUAGGGUCUAUGUUUGAAGUAAUAGAGUUGGUGUGGCGCUGUAUAAUGAGAAAGCAGCUUGAGAGAAUUUUUGCUAUCAUUUUAGGCUGCAUGUCAGUUGCAAUCCUUUUGGCUGAGGCAACUAUUCUACCUGCAGUUGAUUUAUCUCUUUUCUCUCUUCUCAUUAAUGCUGUGAAAAAGCAUGAGCUACUUGUGCAGGUUGCUGCUUUUGUUCCUUUGAUGUAUAUGUGUGUGUGUACAUACUAUUCCUUAUUCAAAAUUGGAAUGCUGACAUUUUACUCGUUGACUCCAAGACAAACAAGUUCAGUCAGCUUACUUAUGAUAUGCUCGAUGGUUGCUCGCUAUGCACCACCAAUUUCAUACAACUUUCUAAACCUUAUCCGUAUUGGGAAUGGUGCCAAGACUGUCUUUGAAAAGAGAAUGGGAAAUAUUGAUGAUGCUGUCCCUUUCUUUGGAAGGAAGUUCAAUAAUAUCUAUCCACUUAUUAUGGUUGUUUACACCAUAGCAGUUGCAAGUAAUUUCUUUGGCCGAAUCAUUAGUUACUUUGGGAACUGGAAAAUUACCAAAGUGCAAAGUGAAGAGGCUGAGGAUAUAGAUGGAUUUGAUACUUCUGGGUUGAUCAUUUUACAGAGAGAACGUACUUGGCUCGAACAAGGUCAUAAAGUUGGUGAACUUAUUGUUCCUUUGGCUAGAAAUUUCAACAACUCGAGCUUGGACAUUGAGUCUGUUAGCAGUCAUGCGCUUUCCCACGAAAAAACAGUGUCAUCGCGUCUAAUGGAGGGUGGGGAAGUUACCCCUUCAAAAUUUCUGAAUGAAGAAGCAAAACACAACAGCUUCCAUGAUGGAACAAGCAAAAAGUACAAGGCAAUAGAGACCGGCUCAAGUGAGAACAGCAGGGACACUCCCAAUUCUUUAUAUGAAGCAGACAAUUCCCAAGAUAUGCAAGUUGAACCAUCCUCCAGGAGCAACUCAACCUGGGAAUCAGUGAAGAAUGGUUUUCUCAGUUUCAAGUCCAACAUCGAGGCCAGGAGAUUCAUCCCUUUACGUCAAGGUCCCGAAGCAAUGCACUCGCAUGCUUCACCUGAAUCCCUGGAUGAAAUUUUUGAGAGGAUAAAAAAGCCUUCUGCGGACUCAACACAUAUAUGGGACUGAUGAUGUUCUCAACAAUUACAGAAUGGCCUUGAGUCCUUGACGGUUGAGGAAGCCACAGGUUCAAAGUAAGAGAAUUAGUAUAUACUCAGUAGGUCACAAAUUUUGUUCUUUUCUCCAUACAGUUAAUCUAUACAGAUUCUCUCUCUAGAAAAUUUCAAGGGCAUGUUUUGCCAUACUGUAAUGUGGCCUCACCAUGUAGAGGUGGAAAGCAAUAGUUUGUUGCUUUUUCUCAUAGUUUUCAUGUAUUUGAUGACUUGUGCUAAUCAGUGAAUAGCAAAAUGGUUCCACUC